CUCUCAGAGGAGGAAGACGACGUGGGGCGUGUCUGCAGCUGAAGUUUCUGUCUGAAGUUUCUGUUUCAUUUCUCCCGCUCGUCAAUCGCAGCAGCAGAAGAAAGACGUUCGCUGUCGCUUGUUUCUUCCUCCAGACAGACUGCAGUGAGUGAGAGGAGAGAAUGAAGAGAAGAUCUUCACUACGGUCCGACUCUGGGCAGGAAGAACGACGUUUAGACGGAGAACGCAACCUGAGAAAAAGACAGUGGAUCAACUAUCGCGAUGACGAUGAAGACGAUUAUGAGGAAGACGACCGCAACCAGCCACUGACACACGAAGAUGGAGAACUGUGGCCUGUAACCUGUGGGGUCAAGGAGGGGAUGAUGGAUGCCCAAAAGCUGGCGAAAGGAGAGAAGUGCAUCGAGUUUGAAGGCCGCAUGUUCACCCCGCCUGCCUUUGAGGAGUUUGGAGGAAGAGGCUCAGCUAAAAAAUGGAAACUCAGCAUAUACUCCGGUGGAAAACCUCUGCAACAUUGGUUUGAUGAAAACCUUCUGUCCACUGAGGGAUACAGAAAAGGGAAAAAGGCAUAUAAAAAAGGUCAGUCGUUUCAGAACAAUGGAGACAAUGGCGACGCUCAAGGAUCAGGAGAGUCGGGAGAAGACGCUACAGACGACUCUGAGAACGACGAUGGGAUUCCCUCAGGCUGUAGAAGCUGGUUAUCGUGGGCCGAGGAAGAGACAGAGAGAAACGACUCAGACCAUUCGGACGAAAAACAAGACGAGGAACCGGAUGAAAUGGAAAAGGAUGGAGAUGGUAACGAUGAAGACGAUGAAAACCUCUGUGCUCCUCAAGAACCUGAUCCGAGGUUCAUCAUCUCAACAACUGAGAAACUCGCGCUGCAGAUGAACUCGAUUGUUCUUCUCGAAAGAAUAUCAAUGACGAGGAGUCGCUGUCAGACCGCCGCCGCGGAACAUCAACGCAAAGACGACGAGGAAGGAGACGGAGACUCAGAGACGAACCGCAAUGAAAAGACAAAGAGCAAUGAGGGAGAGACGCCCCAGGAACCGGUGGACAGUGAGACGGCGGACGUGGCCACAAACACGUCUCCCCAACAAGAACCGGCGGAGCAGAAAGUCCACGAGUUGCAGGUUUGCAGGGCUUCCUGCCGACACUUUGACUCUGCCUGGUUCGAGCGCACGCGACGGUCACACGGAUGUGAGCAUCUUGGAUCCAUUCGAAUCACAGACGAAGUCGGAGACGAGAAGCGUCUGCGAUUCGGAAAGCACUCACAUCUCGGACAUAGUGGAGAACUCCACGUCUGGGGUCUUGACCGGUUCCGACGUGGACUCGAUGGAUCUGGAUCAGCUGCAGAGAGAAACUCUGAAAACGCAGCUGGAAGCUGCAAGAGAGCAAAAGGAGGCUUCGAGAAUACAGAAGGAAUAUUACGCUUUGAAAUUGCGUCUUUUACGAGUUCGGAUGAAAGCGGGUCGUUUCAGUUCGCCGAUGCGGGCUGUGAUGCAACGAACUCUGGGAGGAACGGAGCAUUUCCUGUGACAAGAAAUUACAAAGAGUUGAUAAUUUUAUUACCAUCAAGCCAAGAGAAGCUUUAGAUCAUCUGUGGAACUGAACUAGGAUCCCAGGGAUCAAAUAAUGUGAAUAGACAUCAAUUUUGAGCUUUGUUUUUAUAUGUAUAUGUAAAUAGAGAUGUCUAUAUAGAGGGGCUAUAUUUUAAGUUUUCUAAAGUAUCUUUGUUUGAUAGAUGACAUUUUUCUGACCGUCUUCCUGUUCCAUUUAACAAUUGUUACAAGACAGUUUUCAUGCAAUGUUGUUUAAAGUCUUUUUUGUGUGUUUCAAGGUGGAAAUAAAAUCUGGA